AGAAUGGCCCCCGCUCGCAAGCACACACCGACUGACCACUGCACUAGAGGACUCAAGUCUGACAGAAAGAUGAGAAAACCUCUGGUCGAAAAGAAACGACGAGCACGUAUCAACGACAGUUUACACGAACUCAGAGCUCUCAUGGCGGACACAGAGCUCCAAUCAAAGAUGGAGAACGCCGAAGUAUUGGAGAUGACAGUCAGACGGGUUGAGAGCAUCCUGCAAAACCGGGCUCAAGACGUCUCCAUCCGCCACGAUGCAAGAGAGCGUUUCGCAGCUGGUUACAUCCAGUGCAUGCACGACGUGCACACGUUUGUGUCAAGUUUCCCAGGGUUGGACCCCGAUGUGGGGGCUGAGCUGCUCAACCACCUCCUGGAAAGCAUGCCAUUCCAUGGCCAGGAACGCCUCCGGACCACUCCGAUGGACACCGACCCCUGCGGCGGUCCCCGGUCCCCGCCGCUGGCGCCCUCGGGUCCGCUGGUGUCCCCGGCCGCCUCGUGCGUGUCCAGUGACGACUUCGUCUCGGACCUGGAUGACACCGACUUGGAGCAAAGUCAGGUUUCGCCUGCCAAGGAAUCGGAACAAAGUCAGGUUUUUUCGUCAGAGGAGUCGGAGUUGCAGGACGGCGGUUCCUCAUCAGAGGAGUCGGAGCUGCAGGACGUACCACCAGGUUUCGGCGCCUUCACAUCAAUUUGGAGGCCCUGGUAG